GUGAUAUUUCCUGUUAAAUCUAAUCAUGUCUGGACGAGGCAAAGGCGGCAAGACUAGAGCGAAGGCCAAGACCAGGUCUUCAAGGGCCGGGCUGCAGUUCCCAGUCGGUCGUGUCCAUAGGCUGCUGCGUAAGGGUAACUAUGCAGAGCGUGUUGGUGCCGGCGCCCCUGUCUAUUUGGCGGCUGUGCUGGAGUACCUUACCGCUGAGAUCUUGGAAUUAGCGGGAAACGCAGCCCGUGACAACAAGAAGACCAGGAUCAUCCCCCGCCAUCUGCAGUUGGCAGUCCGUAACGACGAGGAGUUGAACAAACUUCUUGGCGGAGUCACCAUCGCUCAAGGUGGCGUCUUACCCAAUAUCCAGGCUGUUCUUCUGCCCAAGAAGACCGAGAAGGCAGUCAAGAAGUAAGAUGGACCUUUGAGGUCAACAUCGCUACUCAAACGGCUCUUUCAAGAGCCACUCACUUAUGAUUAAAGAGUAACCUUCUGAUUUCAUUUACUGCAUCACUACUUAUAUAAAUAUGAUAUAAUAUUUUAUUAUGACAUAGUUACACAAGGUGCUGCUUUGACCCUGCUGUCACUAUUUACAAUUACCCUCUUUAGAAAUUGUGUGUGACUAUAAACCAUAACUUGAUCAAAUAUAAACAUUAAAAAAAUAAAGCAGAUUACAAUGAAUUUCCAUGCAAAGAUUUCCAAACAUUUGACUCCAUUUUAUUCUACUUCCAUUUAAAAAAAAAAAGAGACAUCCCAAUUUGUGUAUUUAUAACUCAAGAGCAAGUAAUCAUCAUGCAAAGCGAUGAGGAAUUCAAACAUGUACAUACAACAUACAAAGUAUAUACUGUAUUUUCUAAACUAUAACUUGCUCCGGUGUAUGUCACACAAGGCAAAAAAUGCAUAAAAAAAAUACAUAAAUGCAUAAAAACAAAAACUAAAACAUACAUAAGUACAUGUCACAUUUUUUGUGGGUAAUUUAUUUCACAAACUACUUGACCAAAACAGACAUCAAUAAGUCAAGUUCUAACAAUAAAAUAAUAAAGAACAGGCUGAAUCGCCGUAAGCUAUGCUAACACAAUGGCUAUUCAGCUACACAAAAAAUAAACAUACACAAAAAAGGUGUCCAGUGUUUAUGUAACUAUUUUGUUUUCUUCAUGGCAGUAAAAGAAGGCUCUGCUUUACACCAGUCCCGAGUUUCUCACUUACUCCAAACUUUCUCUGUGCUGCUCGAUUAACUGUUUUCGGCUGCAAAUCUCCCUACUUUCAGCUUGUAGUCGGCAAAAUAUGAUGAUGAUUUUCUUCUGGGGGGCUUUUCAGAAUCAGAAAAGGGUUUAUUGCCAGGUAUGAUCAGACACAUACUAGGAAUUUGUUUUGGUGAAGUAGGUGCAGACACAUCUAAAAAAAAGAAUGAAAAAUACAAAAUAAACAGCAUAAAUAUAUGUACACAGUCUGUUUUUUGUUUCUUAUUCCGGAAGUGCAGUGUGAUUGUUUUUCCUAAGAGUCCAAACCAGACUGGACAAUGUAACGCAUAUAGUGAAAGUGUCAAAGUGGCAGGGUGAGGCAGAGGUGGGGUGUGAAAAGUGAGCCGGAAAAUACGAUAUUUGAUAUUAUAAAUAAGAUAUAAAUAAGAAAUAAGGUAAAAUAAACAAGAAAAGUAAAGAAAAUAAUAAAAAUGUUGUGUUUGAAUGUUAUGAAUGAUAUGCAUCAGUAUUUUUAAU